AUGAGCGCGGAGAAAUUGGUUGCUUGGAUGAAGAAGAUUGGUCCCGAACGAGCCAAGCUCAUCGGGAAUGUGCGCUUUUUCGUCUCUGCACUUUACCGGGAUAUGUUUCGCUUCGACUACCAAGAACUUGGUGACCUGGUGGCCUUUGACAGGGCUGCUAUGUUGCUAGAAACCGUCGAAAAUGUGGUGGCUCGAGAGUACGACAACGGACCGUGUAUCAGUGGGAAUCUCUGGUAUUUCGACGAUGAAGGAGGUUUUGAAAUAUGGACAUCCAAACCACUCCAGACAGACCAGGAGGUCCGCCAAGCAUGGGAGCAGGUAAGUGGAAUCUGA